CAUCCUCUUCUGAUAUCGUGUCCUAUUGAUAUGGGGAAAGGUAAAACGUUCGAAGAUAAGAUGCGGUAUCGAAAAUCAAAUAGCCCAAAUGGCAUACAAAAGGAUGCUUCUCCAGCUUUAACCAACAAAAAUAUUGCACAGUUAGCAUCUGAAAAGUCACGGAUUCGCAGAUCGCACCGCAAAACGCACGUUGGAUUGUUCGGUGACCUUGGCUCUGAACUUUGCCGAAAGCUUAUUGUGGGUGCUUUUGUAAUAAUUGUCAUCGCCAUUUUGCUCCAUUUUGGUGUUGAACACAGUUAUACUAUGAGGCGGCGUCGUCAAAUCUAUACUCCAAUAAAUUUACCCAAAAUGAUAGGCUUAAAUGAAAACGGGCCAGAAACGUCAUCUGACUUGUUUUGGGGCACAUACAGACCUAGUAUCUUCUUUGGAAUGUCGCACAGAAGCCCUCAUUCAAUGCUCUUUGGUCUGGCUUGGGUAUCGUUUGAUGGUAAAUCAAUGCAAUUACGACAUCAUUGUACGAAUGAAGGUGAUAUAAAGAGCUAUAAUUGGAUUGAACACGAUGGACGAAACUAUGGCAUUGAACAAAUCAUCGCUGGCAACCACAAUAUCACAGUGGCAUUUGUCAAGCGUCCGGCCACUCCCAGUGGCGGUGAUUGGUCUGCUCGGAUAUCUGUUUCUUCGGUCGAUGGUUCGCUUAAGACGCCGUCAAUUUCGAUCCUCUUCUACGCCUACUUGCCCGAUUCCACAAGAGGUCGUAUUCAGUCGUACACGAACGGAAAUGAAUUGAAACGAUUAAGAGGUUUCACUCAGGAGUUAGGUGCCUUCCAAGUGAACUUUCACACUGCAAAAAGCGGUACUCUUAAUCCCACUCAUUUGGCUGGCCACUGUCCACGCGAAGACGCCCUUGUGGCGGCCAUAUCGAGUGGAUUAAUGCUGCGCGAGGAUCGUCGUUCAGUUUUCUUUACGGGAGACCAAGUGAACCUCCAAUCGCGUGGGAUGACAAUGUCGGGGCUACCGACCAACCUUUGGGUGAUGGAGGUCACCCGACCCUCUAUACGCCCCGCACGACGAAAUUCCUCUGAUACAAAUGUAAACGACGCUCAUUAUCAUACUGAUCCGCCUCUAGACAUAUUAGAGGUGGAAUUUGUCUCACAAGCCUCUACUUCUUCUGAUGCCGUGCCUCUAGUCGGCUCACGAUUCAGCGCAGCUUUGAAUGAGCAUUCAAAGCGCUUUCAUGAGGCCUUUCGUCGAAAAUUUUCACACGACUCUCGGACAGUCAGCGAAGACCAAAUGAAACUAUCAAGGAUGUCGCUGAGUAAUAUGCUUGGGGGUAUGGGGUACUUCUACGGCACCAGUCUCAUCAACUCACCUCUGCUCGAGGCAUCGACGUCCUCCUCAAAGUCCAAAUCCACCUCCAUUCCAUCUGUGGAGUACUGGCCUGCCGCACUUUUCACCGCCACCCCUUCUCGUAGCAAAUUUCCCCGCGGAUUCCUCUGGGACGAAGGGUUCCACGCUCUUUUGAUGGCUCGAUGGGACAUAGAAUUGGCGCUGCAAUCCCUUGGGCAUUGGUUGGACCUUCUCAAUAUGGAAGGGUGGAUUCCUCGAGAGCAGAUUCUUGGGUGGGAAGCUAGAGCAAGCGUGCCUCCAGACUUCAUUAUCCAAUCCACCACAGCAGCUAAUCCGCCGGCGCUUAUUCUCGCAAUUGACGACAUUUUGGACCGUUUGGAGACGGAUAUGACUAAAGAAGAAGUGGCACUAUUCGAUAGGUGGGCUCUUGUCGCCUUUCCGCGUCUUAGGGCCUGGUUCGUUUGGUUUAGUACCACCCAGGCCGGUGAACUGCCUACUACAUUUCGGUGGCGUGGACGGCCUACUGACAAUCCCUUCCAACUGAAUCCUCUCACUCUUGCCUCGGGUCUGGAUGAUUAUCCACGUGCCUCGCAUCCCACCACCUCUGAGCGCCAUCUUGAUCUACGUUGCUGGAUGGCAGCGUUCGCUCGCACCCUAUCACGUCUGGCUGAACACUUUCAAGGCAACUCAUCUAAUUCAUCGUCAUUUGGUGUCGAGGAGUAUCGUUCUCUCGAGGCGCAGUUGCUCGAUCCGCAGCUACUAGACGAAUUGCAUUGGGAUGAAGCGAACGGCAUCUACGCGGACUUUGGUCUUCACACGGAUGAGGUGACUCUCGCCAGACCUCCUGUGACUCAGGCACCUAGACCUGGUCAACCUAUGCCACAAAAGGAGCGCCAAGUGUUGAAAGAGCCACAGGAACAGUGGGUAUCCUCCAGUCUGGGCUACGUCUCAUUCUUUCCUCUUUUCCUGCGUCUUCUCCCACCCAACUCACCUCGUCUGCCGAGCCUGCUACAACGUCUGGUCCAUCCCGCCCUCCUCUCUCCUCACGGGCUGCGCUCCCUAGCGCUCACCUCUCCGCUAUAUAAUCACGCCAACACUGAAAACGACCCGCCUUACUGGCGUGGUGCCGUCUGGAUUAACAUAAACUACCUCGCCGUCGAGGCCCUCAAGUACUAUGCCCAACAUCCAGACACACCUCCUCAAGUGGCGGAAAAGGCCGCCAACUUAAGGAAACGCCUAACAGCGACGAUAGUGGACACAGUGUUGAACGAGCUGAAUCGAACAGGUUCUACGUGGGAACGCUACGACGACCAGACAGGACGAGGAUUGGGUGGACACCCCUUCAAUGGUUGGACAGCGUUAAUCAGUUUGGUCAUGACUAAUAAGACGAAUAAAAUGCAAGCAGGGAACAAAAUGAGAUGA